AUGGAUCCGGAAAAGUAUCUUCGGAGUCAGGGAUGGAAACCGGGCCAAGGGCUACGAGCUGAUUCAAUUAAGAAGCCGCUAUUGGUGAAACACAGAAAAGACAAUAAAGGCUUGGGACACAACCCGAUGGCCAAUGAAGGCUGGUGGGAAAGAGUGUUUGAUGGCCAUCUCAAGAGUCUUGAUGCUUUUUCAGACAAAAACGGUGUCUCAUUCAGUAAAGACGAAGAGAAGCUCCGGAAAGCAAUCUCACCGCUCUACACGAUGUUCCGUCACGGGGGAGUUCUCGAGGGUACUAUCGAGGUAUCAUUAAUAGAUGGACAAGUCGCUAAAAGUAAAAAGGGCUCGGACAAAAAGGGCACAGAAAAGACCAAGGACAAGCGGAAGAAAGAAAAGAAACAAAGAUCGGAGUCUAAAAAGGACCGAGAAAAGAGCAAGAAAGAGCGCAAGUCCGGUGACACCAAAGCACCUGCCAAAAAGAGCAAGAACAAAAAACGAAAAUCUAACGAAUUGGACGACUCUCCACGCAAACGGAAAGCAUAG